CAGAAGUCAACUCUGCAAACCAUGGGCAUGGUGCCUGAAGCUGCCGCUGUGCGCUUUUACGCACUUCCGCGAGAAGAGUAUGCUGCGUAUGGCGAGACACCUGUCGCCUCAUAGAAGGAUUUGGUCGUUUUGUCGGUGCCCAGCAACAGGGUACCCGGUACAUGGAGCGGCAAGAGCAAGUUCUGAUAAUCAUUCGCAAGGUGGUGGAGUCUAUCGUGAAUUCUCAUUUGAGGUUGGCACAAAGCAACCAGCUUCCUAUCGAAGCAGCUAGUCCGCUUAUGCGACAUCUCGUCGAGACCUGCAAGAAGCAGCCGGCAUUUGCGGACACCAUGCUCCCUUUGCGCAAUUUCUCCCAAAUAAUCUUUAUCCCCACCGUUGUGACUACUCCGACUUCAGCCCCUCUGACGCUUAAUCCAGAUUUUACCGUGGACAGCCCGAAUUCGACCCUUCUGAUGCUACUCUUCCUGUUCACUCAUCUCAGACGACGCGUCAGACCCUCAAGUGGUGGCAGUUGGAUAUCGCGAGGACACUGGCUGGUUACUGGAUCGAAGUACAAGCUCGAUUCCCAUAGUACGUCUUAUGUUUUGCUCCUAGCGCGUCUGAAUCCCUCCCGCUCGUUCCUGUGUUCAGUAAACCCGUCAUUCCUGGAGAUUGUCAUUAUCGGAAGAGGGCGGGUAGCCUACGGGAUGAGCUGUUGUUCCUUAAGGGUGCCUCAACGGUAGUUGGAGCUUCGGAGCCUGUGAACUGAGAAAAGCUUGGUAUGCUGUGCUUGUUGCUUGUAUGUUCAAGCUGUAUAGUAACGCGCAACGGCUGU